AUGAGAAUUCUUCUGUCAGUGACGAUCUUUCUUUCGUUGCACCUUGCUCAAAACCUAAAUGGUGAAGCAAUUUCUCCAAGCAAGGCAAUAACUCAUGGUGGACAGAAAGAUGCCCAAAAUGAUGUCUAUACCUCUCGAUAUGCGUACUUGUUGGAACUGCAGAGUUCAAUGGACAUGUUGGAACAACGGCUGGGGCAAGACAUCUCGACAGUAGAGGAGGAAAACAAGAAAGAAGAAUGGGUCAACAAGAAACAGAGUGAAGUUAAUCUUACAGGAAAAGCCAAGGGGUUCUCAAACCGUAACUAUGCUGGCGUGAUACUUUCCUGUGAAGAGGACAUAUCAGGUAUAUGUGCAAGCCGUCAACAUCCUGGUGUCUUCUACUACAUUCGAGCAGGGAACAAAAAUGAAAAAGGGGAAAGCAUUAUCUACGCAUACGACACCAAUAAACGGUCAAUUAUCGUUGAGAUCAGUUUGGAUGCUGUCAACACUGACUGGGAAGAUAUCGCAUGUGGUCCUUGUGAUUCGGAUGGAUUUGGACAUUGUAUUUAUGUAUCUGAUACUGGACAUACAGGAGAAGGUCCUUCUAAUCUGAUCUACAAGGUACAGGAACCAGAGGAAGUGAUACAGGGUCGUAAACUGUCUCUCGGGGAGGACGAAAUCGAGGUCAUUGGCUUUGAAUCCACAUUGAAGAAUAGUAAGACACUCAUGGUUUCACCAAGAGGCAGAAUCUUCCUCAUGGAUUCUUCCCGCCAACCUAGAGGGUUAUAUGAAAUCGAUGAAUAUGAAGCCAAACACCUCUUUAAUGUGGCUUUACCCAAUGGCAACUCAUACGAAGGUCCGAGUGGUGGAGAUAUAUCUGUAGAUGGUAAGGGAUUCCUUAUCAAGUUCAAAGAGGAGGUAUUCUACUGGUAUGUUGAUGCAGAAGAAGAUAUGGAAAAGGUCCUCACCGAUUCCAAACAGUCCAUGCAACUACCUUAUUGGACAGAAACAUUUGGCGAAUCAGUUGCAUGGAGUCUUGAUGGGGCAUCCUACUUUACAGUCUCUGCAGGCUGUAACGAACCACUAUAUCGAUAUGAGAGACUUGAUCAUGCCACAACCGCAGUGUCAGAACACACUGACUAUUAUGUUGAAUACGAUGGAGAUGAUGAUGAUGAAGACGACGUUGUGAUGCCUCCGUUGGGUAUCUUUAGUUCGCUUUUGUUUGGGUAGGCAUGAUAAUAUGUACCUCAGAAUUUUGCAAUGAUCAUCUUUAUCUUUAAACAUCAUACCAUUGGUUCAGAGAUACAGUGAUCCUGCAGAUAUUUAUCGUGUAAUGAAGACUAAACCUGUCAAUGUUAUACAUGAUAAUAUAAAA